AUGACGAUGGGCGUUGAAUAUCUUCGGCAGCAAUAUUUCAGAUCAGUGGGGGUGUAUUCCACCAUUAUUGCCGGGUCAAGUGAACAAGCUUUGGUUAUGUUAUAUUUCACUCAUAUAAACCCGCUUCUACCACUCAUUGAUCGCGCGAUAUUUGAACAGCAAUACCGCGAGGGAAAAGGAUCACCACAUUUAAUCAGAGCAAUAUGCUUGGUCGCAUUGAGACUAGCCUCUGCAGCCCCUUAUAUCCAGGACUCCUCGCCCGAAUAUGCAUUUCACCUUAGCCAGGUCGGCGAGUCAAUUGUCCGGAGUGCCCAAGGGUCACAAGAGGGGGACUAUCGCAACUUGACGGCUGCCUUGGACCUCAAGUUGUACACCGCGUUGCGAGCUGCCGUGAUAGAAGGCAACCUCGAAUCAGACCGCAUCUGCCGCAUCCGCAUCCUAGCUUUGAUGUCGCUAGCCAUGCCAUUUUCCUGUGACAACCCCGACGAAGGACACCGCUCAACUUGGUAUCUCCAUCAGGCGAUUACUGAAGCCCAGUCUCUUGGACUCCAUGUGAAAUCAUCUUCUAUGGAGAAGAGCAACCCAUGUACUCAAAGACUGGCGUUGCGUUGCGAAACAUCACAAGCCGACACCGCCCUCUGGUGGAGUUUAUAUGUGUUGGAUCGCCUUGGGACCAUCACCAAUCCUGGAAAACCUUAUUACAUCCAAGACCGGGAUAUUGGUCUUGAGCGUCCACGGCUGCAGGGAUCGGAACCCCCCGACGGUGGUAAUCACUGUCGUUGUCCUCUCGCGGCUUGGAUUGAUCAGAUUGGGACAUUGGAACACAGGUUCAAGCUACGAAUAUCCAAAAUUCCUGUCCAGGAGGGUAGCCAGCUAGAGGAGUGGAGUGAAGGAAGUUCCAUGGGGCCUAGAAAGCCGUCACAGCAGGAGAUCAAUGCACACGAACUUUCAGUCUCUAGCGCGGAAGUGUUCGCGUCCACCUACUCCUACGCAUCAUGCCGUGUCCCAAUGUCACAGACUUUAACCCGGUGA